UGUCCGUGUGUCUGUCCAUCCCUGCAGCCCGUGCGUGUCCAUGGCUGUGUCCAUGUGUCCCUGUCUGUGUCUGUGUGUCCGUGACUGUGUCCGUGUGUCCCUGUCUGUGUCCGUGUGUCCAUGUCUGUCCCCGCAGUCUGUGCCCGCAGUCUGUGUGUGUGUCCGUGGCUGUGUCCGUGGGUCCCUGUCCGUCCCCACAGCCCGUGUGUGUGUCUGUGGCUGUGUCUAUGUGUCCAUGGCUCUGUCCGUGUGUCCCUGUCCGUGUCCGUGUGUCCGUGUCUGUCCCUGCAGUCCAUGUGCGUGUCCGUGUGUCCCUGUCCGUGUCCGUGUGUCCGUGUGUCCAUGCCGGUGUCCCCGCAGCCCGUGCCCUCCCCGCCCGGUGUGCCCGGCGCUGUCGCUGUCCCUGUCACAUGCGUGUGAACGUGCUGGGCCCUGUGCACCCGUCAGGUCGCAUCCAUCAGCCCGCGGCCCGUGGCGCUGCCGCUCCGCCCGCGUGUCCCGCUCCCCGUGCGCGGCCACGGACGGCGGGGGUGCCCCUGCACCCCAAAACCUCGGGAAACACCGCUCGGGAGGGUCCCCGCGGCUGGGCUCUGCCUGCUCCAUCCCGCCUUCCUCCUCGCCUGCAUCCCGGCUCCAUCCCUGCUCAGUCCUGGCCUCUUCCUUUGCCUCCUUCUCUGCUCCAUCCCUGCCCCAUCUCUGCUCCAUCCCUGCCCCAUCCCUGCCCCAUCUCUGCUCAAUCCCGGCCCCAUCCCUGCUCCAUCUCUGCUCCAUGUCUGCUUGUUCUCUGUUCCAUCUCUGCUCCAUCCCUGCUCAAUCCCGGCCUCUUCCUUUGCCUCCUUCUCUGCUCCAUCCCUGCUCCAUCCCUGCUCCAUCCCUGCUCCAUCCAUGCUCCAUCCCAGCUCCAUCCCUGCUCCAUCCCUGCCCAUCCCUGCUCCAUCCCUGCUCCAUCCCUGCUCCAUCUCUGCUUCAUCUCUGCUCGUUCUCUGCUCCAUCCCUGCUCCAUCCCAGCCCUAUCCCGCCUUUCUCCUCACCUCCACCCGAGCUCCAUCCCUGUUCUGUCCCUGCUCCAUCCCUGGCUCUGUCCCCGCUCGAUCCCGGCCCCAUCCCGGAUUCCCCGGCCCGCCGGUGGCCCCGAGCCGUACGAGGGCCGCGGCACGUCCUGGCCCUCCGGAGCGGCUCCGCUGGCCGCUGCCGGCAGAGCCGGUCGCAGCAGCCCCGGGGCAGCGUUACCCAACCCGUCUGCCCGCUCCCGCCGCUUUCCCAACCCGGCCCGAGCAGCUCCGGCGCUUCCCCCUCUCCGCAGCCCUCUCCGCUGCCAUUUACAUCGUUUUGGUGUUUCUGCUCAGGGAAUUGCUGCUCCUUUUUUCAAAGGAAACAGGGGGAGAGGCAGCCCGAGCCAGAGGCGAGGCAAUGCUGCUGCCAGACACCUUUUCCUGCAGGAUCCGGUCCUGCCAGAGCCACCACGCAUCCGUCAGUCCAACCCCCAGACCGCGACCUGGCAAAUUCUCCGUGGUCAUGUUGAAAUUAAAGCAGCGUUUGAGCCUAAAAAUAGCUGGACACAUCUGUCCGCCUUCCCCAUCUGCUGCCAGCCUGGCUGGAUGAAGGGAGGGACUGUCUGUGCAAAAUGAGGGACCUGUCUCAUCCUUCUGUCCCGUAAAAUCAGUUUAUUCAGGGAAAAUAAUCCCCAACACCCCGUUGA